GGAGCGGGGAGCGCGCCUGCCAGGCUCAGGCUCACACGCACGCCGCCUCUGUUUGUACACACUGCGCUCCCGGUCGCCGGCUCGCUCCCCUCCAGCUCACGCUUCAUUGUUCUCCAAGUCAGAAGCCCCGCAGCCGCGGCGGCGUUAACAGCGCGAGCUAAGCGCACUGUCUUCUCCUCUGCCCGCGGGUCCGCCCGCCCGCGCGGGAGACCCGGAGCCACCACGAGAGUCCGCGCCCCGCCCGCCAAGCCUUGGCCAGGACCCACCCGCAGCAGAGGGCAGAGCCCGCCAGCUCUUCCCGGGAGCUCACCCACCUCCGCGCGUCGGAGCGCAGGCAAAGGGGAGGAAACGUUCCUCUUGGUGGCCACCACUCUUUCUCGCCCUCUCCAAGAAUUUGUUUAAGAAAGCGCUGCGGGAAGAAGACAUCUUCCUGAAUUCUCUAACAGGGGUGGAGUCUACUGCUGACCUGCGGUGCCACCUUCGCUUCACUGUCCUCCGCGACGACCCCUGACCAGCCAGGGUCACGUCCGGAAGAACGGAUCAUGAAGCGCUCGGUUUUCACCUGGCUCUUGGUUGGGCUCAGCCUCGGUGUCCCCCAGUUCGGCAAAGGUGAUAUCUGUAAUCCCAAUCCAUGUGAGAAUGGAGGCAUCUGUUUGUCAGGGUUGGCUGAUGAUUCCUUUUCCUGUGACUGUCCAGAUGGCUUCACAGAUCCCAACUGUUCUAGUGUUGUGGAGGUUGCAUCAGAUGAAGAAGAGCCAACCUCAGCAGGUCCCUGCAUUCCUAAUCCAUGUCAUAAUGGAGGAACCUGUGAAAUAAGCGAAGCAUACAGAGGGGACACAUUCAUAGGCUAUGUUUGUAAAUGUCCCCGGGGAUUUAAUGGGAUUCACUGUCAGCACAAUAUAAAUGAAUGUGAAGUUGAGCCUUGCAAAAAUGGUGGAAUAUGUACGGACCUUGUUGCUAACUAUUCCUGUGAGUGCCCAGGAGAGUUUAUGGGAAGAAAUUGCCAGUAUAAAUGCUCAGGUCCAUUGGGAAUUGAAGGUGGAAUCAUAUCAAAUCAGCAAAUCACAGCUUCAUCCACCCACAGAGCUCUUUUUGGACUCCAGAAGUGGUAUCCCUAUUAUGCACGUUUAAAUAAGAAGGGCCUUAUAAAUGCCUGGACAGCUGCAGAAAAUGACAGAUGGCCGUGGAUUCAGAUAAAUUUGCAAAGAAAAAUGAGAGUUACUGGUGUGAUUACCCAAGGGGCCAAGAGGAUUGGGAGUCCAGAGUACAUAAAAUCCUACAAAAUUGCCUACAGUAAUGAUGGAAAGACUUGGACAAUGUACAAAGUGAAAGGUUCCAAUGAAGACAUGGUGUUCCGUGGAAAUGUUGAUAACAAUACACCCUAUGCUAACUCGUUCACACCCCCCAUAAAAGCUCAGUAUGUAAGACUCUAUCCCCAAGUUUGUCGAAGGCACUGCACUCUGAGAAUGGAACUUCUUGGCUGUGAAUUAUCUGGUUGUUCUGAGCCUUUGGGGAUGAAAUCGGGACACAUACAAGACUAUCAGAUCACUGCCUCCAGCAUCUUCAGAACACUGAACAUGGACAUGUUCACUUGGGAACCAAGGAAAGCUCGUCUGGACAAGCAAGGCAAAGUGAAUGCCUGGACCUCUGGUCACAACGACCAGUCACAGUGGUUACAGGUGGAUCUUCUUGUCCCUACCAAAGUGACUGGCAUCAUCACACAAGGAGCUAAAGAUUUUGGUCACGUACAGUUUGUCGGUUCCUACAAACUAGCCUACAGCAAUGAUGGAGAACACUGGACUGUAUACCAGGAUGAAAAACAAAGAAAAGAUAAGGUCUUUCAGGGCAAUUUUGACAAUGACACCCACAGAAAAAAUGUCAUCGACCCUCCCAUCUAUGCACGACACAUAAGAAUCCUUCCUUGGUCCUGGUACGGGAGGAUCACACUGCGGUCAGAGCUCCUGGGCUGCACAGAGGAGGAGUGAGGAGGCUGCACAUCCCACAACACCCUUCUUGAUUUCCCUGAAAGUAUCUCCAUGGAAUGAACUGUGCAAAAUCUGUAGGAAACUGAAUGGGGUUUGUUUUCAUGAUAGAGUGCUCAAAUUAUGGUAGGCCACUGUCUUUUUAAGGAGGUCUAAGCCUGCCUUUUUGAUUAUUUCAUUUUUUUAUUGUUCACCUCUCUUAAGAAACAUCACACUAACAGUAAAUUACUUUUCUUAUUGUUUUCUGAAUUAUUUACAUUGAUUGAACUUUAUUAGGGAAAGAAAUUAGCCUUCAUUUUAUAGCAAAAAUUUAAAAAAAAAACUCAUAGUUAUCUGGUAAAAGUUGAUAGAGCUUUUACAAUCAAUACUCAACAAUUCUUAUAAAAGAAAAACUAUGAUGUUAGCAAUAACUUUUUUUUCCUGUAAUAACUACAUUAUCCUGUUUCCCUGUGCCUACCUAACACUGUCAGUGUUUAUAACAGAAUUUGAAGAAGAAUCUGUAAUAUGCAGUACAAAUUAAUAUUAUGAUUCUCAUUUUACUUUCAUUAUUUCUAAUCAGAGAUUAUGUAACUUUUUUUCCUUUUGAUUUGUAUGUGUAUUCUUUACUUUUUGUAUUGCCUGGAUAAGUCAAUACUUUUUUUUCUAACUGAAUUUUUCUUCAAUUAUUUGACUAAAGGAAUUUUCAUAUUUAUUCAUAUAUAAGGAACAUGAUUAAAGAUCAGGAGAUUAAACUAUAUUUAGUAUCAAUAAAUUGAAUAUGAAAUUUUAUUUUUGAAGGAAGGUGUAGCUAGGUAAUUUCCAAAUACUUCCUUUGUGAAAACCAUAAUGCCAUUUGCUAAAAGAAAUAAUAAAAAUCAUUAUGUCCCUUUAAAUUUAAAUCUUUAUUUUGGUAGUAUUUUUAGUCUUAUAUUUACUUUGAAAUAGUAGUCUCAUCAAUCUUUUGUCUAUUUAAAAAAAAUAGCAAACAAAUAUUAACAAAGUGCUGCAUAGCUUGGCCAAGCAUACUCACCGUUUCUUUGUUCAUCUCCACCUUUCCUGUGAAACUAAAAUUUUAUUGAUAUUUGAAAAUGGUGGUGGUUUCCCGGGAAAGCACAUUGUGUAGGUAUUUAUAAGGAGUAAAAUAUUUACUAAUGACAAAGUCGUAAACCAUUUCCAAGAUAAAAAUUGAUUUCUAUUUAUUUUGCUUCAAAGGUCCUGAAAAAAUAAGCAAUUAUCAUAACAAUUUGUUAUUGAUAAUGGAGGUUUCCUUGACAUGUCUCUAAAAUUAAAGCUUACAUUGCCUCUAUAAAAGUCCUCAACAUCUAAUUUAUAAGCUUUACAAGUAUUUAUUUUAUAAGGCUUAGAAACAGAAUUAUUGGAAUUUUAAAUUAAGGGUCCUGGAAUAGGAAGGAUGGUAUGUGUACGAAAUGUUAAGUUCCCGCACAGCACUGCUAAGUUUUAUUUCCUUUAAUCUUUGUGCUGCAUAACAAAAGCCACUAGACUGUUACUGUCCUGUCUGUCCAUGUGUUAACAGCAUUUCUUACUGAUGUAUAUAUGGAGUGGUCUUCAAUCAUAGUGAAGAAUUCAAAGAGAAAGUCAAUCACAUUGACAUUUUUAGUAAGAGCAAGUUAAUUGGUCCAAGGGGACUGACUGGCCACAUAUUGGUUCUAUGUCCCAUGCUUUCUGCUUUGGGAUUUUAUUAUAAUAUUAUUGAUUUUAAACUCAGAAAUGGUGACUGGUUUUCAACAUCUUUCAAAAAUGAAAUUAUUCUAUCCUUGAUAUUCUCUUUUUUAGAUAAUUUUAAAUGAAAAAUAUCUUUAAGAGGCUACAUUUUAAAGUCAUGUUAUAAAUAAUUACUUAGAUCUAAAAAUAUACAUAUACUUACUUAUCUAACAAAUGGUCCAUAAUUCUUUUGGGUUUCCUGUCCUCCUAAAUUUCUAGAUGUUUUUCCUUUACAGAUUAUGCAUGAUUCUUCAUUCUUAAGAGUAUGUGUUAAAUAUUUUGAGUAAUUCUUUGUGAUGGUUUACUUCACCAGAGUUAUUCAUGACCUCAUAUGAUAUUUUGAAUUUUUUUCUAUUGAUAACUGUUAAAAGUAUUUUCCAAGAGAGUUGGUUAAAAUUAUAUUGGUUACCUUUUGAAAGAUACUGAAAUGAUUCUCCUGCUUUGUCAUGUUCCCUCUGAUUGAUGUGCUUAUCAAAACAUAGGAUGUCCUGUGGGGUUUCUCUUUGUCCCUUGAUGCCCUUGAUGCCCAAAUCUGAUGACAGCAAAGGGAUUCUCACAUGUGGAAAUGUUGGUAAUUAUUGUGAAGUAGACUUUGUGUCACUUGUAUCAAUGACAUCAAGGUAAAGCAAAUUUAUUUUAUUCUAAUUCUAAAACAAGUAGAAUUGCAUAAGCAGAAAACAAAAAGAAUCCCCUACUCUUCACUAUUUAAGUAACUGCAAUUUGCUAAUUGUAUAAUUUAUAAAACAAUUUAAACAUCUCCAUUUAAUCUAUAUCUUAUUUAAAGCAUUUAUUAUACUCACUAACUACAAUUUUUGGGUUGACUUUCUCUUUCUGAAUGACUUCAUAGUGGUUGGUGUGAAUUUUGAAGAUUUAGGGUACUAAUGAUUGUAUCUUUGCUAGUUAACAAAUUAUGAAAUAUAAUACUGAAUGCUGACUGUGAUGUGUCAGGAAGAACAGAAAUAACCAAGACACAAGUAACCUUUGCAAACUUUCAAGCUGUGUAAUAUUCCAAUGUUGUUUUAUUUUUCCUUUGUAUAUAUACUUAAAUCACGUAGGAUGUUGUAAAAUCAGUAUGACCUUGUCUAGUCUUCAAACUUCAAAUAAACUUUUGAAAAUCUGG